CGGGGUGCGGAACCUCCGCGGCCCCCCGGGCCCCUCGGCCGCCCUGCCCGCCCCGGACACCUCCUUCCUGCUCUCCCCGCUGGGGCUGCUGAUGGGCACCCAGGCCGUGCUGGGUUUACUGGUGUGGGCUCUCAUUGCCAACACAACGUACCACCUCCACGCGGUGUACAGCUGGGUGUUGUUCGUGUCCAUCUUCUUCUGGAUACUGACAGUCCUUUUCUUCAUGGCUUACCUUCUGCAGCUGCAGCUGAAGCUCUACAUGAUCCCCUGGCCCCUCGUGCUGAUGAUCUUCCACGCCGUGGCCACCGUCCUGUACCUCAGCGCCUUCGCGGCGUGCGCGGCGGCCGCGCGGCCCACGUCCUGGCGGCAGUGGGACUACAACCGGCGCGCGGCGGCCGCUUUCUUCUCCUGCCUGGUGAUGAUCACCUACGGGGCCAGCACCUUCUUCAGCUUCCGCGCCUGGAAGGGGCUCGGCAGCAACGCGGCCACCAGCCAAGUGGCCGACCACACGUAAGGGUGGGCAGCACAGCCCCCGGCCACCCUGGGCCAGCUGACGCCAGUCUCGGUGGCUCGGAGCCUCACGUGCCACCACCAUCUCACUCUGGGACCAGCACGUGCUGGCAGCAACAGGCAGGAGCAGGUGGCACGGAUGCUACUCUGUGGUCUCUGAUGAUGCUUCCAGCUGAUGUCCCCACAGCACAAAGCCACCAGCACCAUCACCCACAGCCUCGCUGGGAGGACAUGGACUCGCUUCUGCUCAUCCUUGGGGUUCAUCCAGACCCACACUGGAGCAGCUCUGCCCCAGGGCCCAGCCACACCAGUGCCCUCCAGCACUAACCCUCACUAAACCAGGCUCCUGGCUCAGGUCACUCCAGCUGCAGUGUAAGUAAUUGCAAUGAACAGGACACAGAAGUGGUGACAGAGCUGGAAGGUGAAGGCCAAGCAAAGGAACCAUCUAAACUCUUCCUGUAUUGAUUUCUAACAACUGGAAGCACAAAUGCUGUGCUUUAAAUAAAAAUCUUCCUAACAAA